AUGAAUACAUCAAAUAAAGGUGGUUCAAAUCCAUUAUAUCGUAUACCACCAUAUUAUUAUAUACAUGUUUUGGAUCAAAAUACAAAUGUAACACGACUCGAAGUUGGUCCAAAAACAUUUAUUAAACAAGAUAAUGAAGUGGUUACGAUUGGACCAGAAAAAAUGAUCUCAGUACCACCACAUCAUUAUUGUGUGAUUGAAUCACCUGUUGUACGUAACAAAGAAUCAGUAGUUCAAUUUGAUGCAAAUGGUCAAGCUAAACUUCUUCAUGCUGAUUUAGAAAUUCGUCUUACACAACCUGAUCAAGCACCAUUUCCACUUUAUCCUGGAGAAAUUCUUCGUCAUCCAGUUACUCCUUUAAAAGUUGUAGCACCUAAUUCAGCAUUACGUUUAAAAGCUGUACUUGAUUUUUAUGAUGAAAUAACAAAAGAACAACGACAUGCUGGUGACGAAUGGUUAUUCGAAGGACCUGGGACAUAUAUCCCACGAAAAGAAGUUAGUGUAGAAGAACAAAUUCGUGCAAUUAUUAUUGGUACAAAUCAAGCUAUUCGUUUAAGUGCAAAAAAAGAAAUUGUUGAUCGAACAGGUCAACGACGUGUAACUGGUGAAGAAUGGUUAAUUAAAACUACGGGUGCUUAUUUACCACUUGUUUAUGAAAAAGUCGUUUCUGUUGAAGAUGCUCAUGUUUUAACAGAUAAAAAAGCUCUUCAUCUGCGUGCUCUGAAAACUUUUACAGAUGAUUUUAAUAAACAACGUAUGAAUGGUGAAGAAUGGCUUAUAACUCUUAAUGAUACUGAAACACAUAUUCUUAAUGUUUAUGAACAAUUAAUUAAUAUUGUUGAUGUAAUCGUACUUGAUUCACGUCAAUUUUGUGUUAUUCUCGAUCCAGUUGCUGAUGGAAAACCACAACUAGGAAAAAAGAAACUUAUUGUUGGUGAAAAAUCAUUUUUUCUUCAACCCGGUGAAAAACUUGCGAAUGGUAUUCAAGAAAUUUUUAUCUUAGGUGAAGAUGAAGGUGUUAUUCUUAGAUGUAUUGAAGCAUUUCAUGAUGAACAAAGUAAUACGAAUCGAAAUCCUGGUGAUAGAUGGAUGAUUCGUGGUCCAACUGAAUAUAUUUCACCAACACAAGUUACAGUUGUUACACGUCGACGAGCGAUACCUUUAGAUGAAAAUGAAGGUAUCUAUGUUCGUGAUAUAAAAACAGGUCGUGUACGAGCGGUUAUUGGUGAAACUUAUAUGUUAACACAUGAUGAAGAACUUUGGGAAAAAGAAUUAUCUCAACAAGUUGAAGAUUUACUUACACGUGAUCCAUUAGGUGAACGGAAUGUUCAAACAUCGGGUAAACCUCAAAAACAAAUCACAACUUCUAGUGUUAUAGAAAUAGCAAAUGUAAAAUCUAAAAAUCUUACACGUGAUAAAUCUAAAUUAGUUACUUAUCCAGUCCCUCAUAAUGCUGCUGUACAAAUUUAUAAUUAUAAAUCUAAAAAGGCACGUAUUAUUUUUGGUCCCGAACUUGUUAUGCUUGGUCCCGAUGAACAAUUUACUUUACUUUCAUUAAGUGGUAAUGUACCAAAAAAACCAAAUCAAAUUCAAACCAUUUGUUUAUUACUUGGUCCUGAUUUUUUUACUGAUGUCAUUGUUAUUGAAACAGCUGAUCAUGCACGUCUUUCACUUCGACUUUCAUAUAAUUGGCAUUUCGAACUUGAUAAAAAUGAUGAAAAAGAAGCGACCAAACUUUUUUCUGUUCCUGAUUUUAUUGGUGAUGCAGCUAAAGCGAUAGCAUCACGUAUUCGUGGUGCUGUUGCUAGUACGAAAUUUGAUGAUUUUCAUAAGAAUUCAGCUCAAAUUAUUCGUGCAUCUGUAUUUGGUAUGGAUGCUAAUCAACAUAUAACAGAUCGAUUUAUUUUUCCACAAAAUAAUCUCGUUAUUACAUCGAUUGACAUUCAAAGUGUUGAACCAGUUGAUCAACGAACACGUGAUGCACUUCAGAAAAGUGUUCAGCUAGCUAUUGAAAUAACUACAAAUUCACAAGAAGCAGCAGCUAAACAUGAAGCUUCACGCCGUGAACAAGAAGCGAAAGGUUUAUUAGAACGUCAACGUAUUAAAGAUGAAGGUGAAGCUGAAGAAGUUCGAAAACAAUUACUUCUAUUACAAGCUGAAUCAGCUGCUGUUGAAAUCACAGGUCAAGCGAAAGCAGAAGCAUUAAGUCAUGCUGAAUCAGCUCGUAUUGCAGGAGAAGCUGCUGUUGAACAAGCUACUCUCAAAGCUAAAGCAGUACAAAUUGAAUCGGAAUCAGAAUUAUUACGUUUGAAAUCAGCACGUGAAGCUGAAAUCAA